AACUAGCUGGACGCACCCACAGCUUCACCAAGUGAGCGGUCAAGCAGAAAGGCUGGGGCCACAACCCAGGAGAAUCACACAGAGCCAAGGGCCACAUCCCGGGGGCCCUGUGCAUAGAGGACCCGGGACAGGAUGGGCAGAAGCGAAAGGGAUCCCAAGAGCAGCUGAUCCAGCUGGAGCCCCCAUGAUGAAUGGAAGUUUGCCCCUAGAGGGACCCUCCUCUCCAUCUCCGAACUGGAAGGAGUUCUGUGAGAUUCACGCUCAUGCUGCCGCUGUCGAUUUCGCCCGACGGUUCCGGGUCUUCCUGACCGAGAAUCCGCAGUACGCCACGCCUGGGGCGGAGGGCAGCUUCUCAAAACGGUUUGCCGAGUAUUUCGUGGAGCACUUCGAGACGGAGGUGAACAGGACCCAUAUCUCGGAUGGCCCUUCUCCCACCCACUGCAGCAUCGCUCCAUUUAUGGGCGCUCACACCUCCACCAGGGACCUGUCGGAGACCUGCAGCGACUCCUCCUUGGCAUCCCCGGUAGAGACUCAGCCACGCCAGGACUCCUCCGGGAUCACCUCCGGCCUGUCCAGCAGUCAGUCCCACAGCUCGGAGGACGUCUCCACAUCCUCGGCGACAGCCAAACCGCGCCUGAAGAAGCGCUUCUCGCUGCGCAACGUAAGUCGCAGCGUACGGGGCAGCGUCAGGGGGAUUCUGCAGUGGAGGAGCUCGGCAGAGUCCCCCACCGAGGAGACGGGGGCCAACAGCAACUGCAAUUCCUCAGCCGGCAGGUCAGGAGGAGAGAGAUGGACACACAGGUUCGAGAAGCUGCGGCUAAGCAGACCUCCGGCCCCCAGGCUGGAGCUGCGGGACGUGCGGCGGGAAGGGGUUUUGAACUUCGUGGUGGCGGAAGAGGUGAACAGCAGCAGCCGGGCUCGGUGGCAGAAGUGCCGGCUUCUCCUGCGCAAAACCGAGAGCGAUGGGUAUAUAUUGGAGUUCUACAUUCCUCCCAAGGCCGCAAAGCCACGGGUCAGCAUCCCUUGCUCAUCUGUUGCUGACGUAAGGACCACAACGCCUUUGGAGAUGCCAGACAAGGAAAACACGUUUGUGUUGAAGACGGAGAAUUCCUCGGAGUACAUCCUAGAGUCAGUAGACCUCUUGCAGAUGAGAUCCUGGCUGUCUGACAUACAGGACUGCAUGAUGCCUAGCAGGGAAAGAACUGACACCGCAGAACCUAUACAUAUAAACCAUUCGGAAAGUAUGCCCAGCCGGGAUCUACCUCUGAUACCCACGGAGAGUAAUGAGCAGCUCUGCCAAGGAGCCUACGGUGGCCUCUCUGAUCGGCCCUCUGCAUCCAUCUCACCCACUUCAGUUUCCAUGACCGCCUCACACUUUGAUUCUUUGGAGCUUCUCCCGCCAGAGCUGCCUCCGCGAGCGCCCAUCGACGAAGUGGAAAGACCGCAAAACGCUAUGGGGGUCCCUUUCCCGGACACCCCAGACACUGCAGCUUCAUUCCCAUGCCAAGGAGAGCAGGACCCUGGAGAAGGGGAGCACCCAUUGUCGGAGUACCAGUGGUUCCAUGGCACACUGUCGCGACUCAAGGCAGCCCAGCUUGUGCUGGCAGGGGGCACCAACAGCCACGGUGUCUUCUUGGUGCGGCAGAGCGAGACCCGGAGAGGGGAGUACGUGCUGACCUUCAACUUCCAGGGCAAAGCCAAGCACCUCCGCCUGUCCCUGAACGAGGACGGCCAGUGCCGAGUGCAACACCUCUGGUUUCAGACCAUCUUCGACAUGCUGGAGCACUUUCGCGUACACCCGAUACCUCUAGAGUCGGGGGGCUCCAGUGAUGUCACCCUCAUCAGCUACGUGGUGUCUUCGCAGAGGUUACAUGAGGCAGCCAGCAGCCGUAAUCCUCCCCCGCUGCCCCCCCACCCUUUGUCGCGGCAUCAUAGCGCAGAGGGCAACCUGCAGCCGCCCUGGUACCCGCCCAGGGCCUCUCCUCCGGAAGAUUCCGCUGCCAGCCGCCCUCCUCCGGAGCCUCCUAGCCUCACCCAGAGCGAGGAGGGCCUGUCACUCGUGGAAGAUCAGGAGGAAGCCGCAGUCCGCCUACAGCAGCUGCAGCCGGGGGGCGCCAGCUCGGAGGACAUGAGCGAUGCCAAUGCAGCUUCUCGGGCACGAGCUGUAAACAACCAGUAUUCCUUUGUAUAAUUGGGGG